GAUACAUUCAUCCUCUCGAAGUGACCUGGAAAAGAUUUGAGAGGCGCUGGCACACAAACCCUUUUGCAUUUCAAACAAAAAGACUGAAAAUUUUCUUCAAUCGUCUUCCGAAGAUCCAUCUCUACUCUCUAGGGUUCUUUACAAAACCCCCUUUUCUGCUCAUGGACUUUUGAUCUUUCUCUGCUACUCUAGAUAUGGUGGACGUUGACGAUUCCAUGGUUGUUUCUGGCAAUGGGUCUACUCAUGAUGUAGAUCAUCAACAGUUUUCUAACUAUGAAGAGGAAGAUGACUCUGUGGAAAUCAUAGCCCGGAUUCCCAAUUAUAAUUCUGAAAGUAAAGAAGGAAAUGGGAGUUCUAUCGAGUCCUUUGCUGAAGAAGUUGAAGAAAGCAACAAUCUUGAUGCUUUUAAGGAACUUGAAGUGAAAGAUACCGAUUUAUCAGCUCAACCCAAAUGUCAAGACGCUACAGGCAACAGUUUAGGCGUUAAAAAAGAUACGAAACACAAAAUAGACGGUAAUGAUGCAAAGAAAGCUUCUUCGGUUAGAAGUGGAUCAGUUGCUUCAGAUGUACACCUGAAACAAUCAGUUCCUAGUGAGAAGAAGAGCAGCAACUCGAAACCUGCAAUUGUUCAAGUUAAGGCUCCUCUUUCUAAGGAACCUGGAAAGUCGGAUUCUUUAAUGUCUACUGCAAACGUGGUGCAAUCUGAAGGUGUCAAGGAGAAGAAUAAAGCGAAGUCGGUGAAAGCAGUUCAUGGAAGUACGACUGAUGGAAGAACACAUUCUUCUGAAAGCUCGACAACAGGAGACGAGAAGUCGCAAAGACUGGGCACACUGCCAGCCUAUGGUUUUAGUUUUAGGUGUAAUGAAAGGGCCGAAAAACGGAAAGAGUUCUAUUCUAAGCUCGAAGAGAAGAUCCAUGCAAAAGAAGAGGAAAAGAAUACAUUGCAAGCAAAAACCAAGGAACAUCAAGAAGCUGAGAUUAGAAUGUUACGAAAGAGCCUUAUGUUCAAAGCAACGCCUAUGCCGAGUUUUUAUCACGAAACUCCUCCUAAGAUGGAGUUAAAGAAGAUACCGACAACACGAGCUAAAUCUCCGAAGCUUGGACGGAAAAAGGAUUCAGCUGCAGCAGAGAUGGAAGCAGCAAAUGGUGGUAAUACUUUUCGACCUGCUCGGUUAAGCUUGGAUGCGAGGAAGUCUUUAAACAACAAAACGGUAGCUAAAGUUGUUUCUGCUGUUCCUACGAAGAAACCGACAAGGAAAUCUCUUCCUAGGCUACCAUCUGAAAAGACCAAAUUGCCCUCGGACUCUAAAGAUAGCCGUGAAAUAACAAUAUCGUCCAAGAAAACGAAUGAGGUAGAAAGUGAAGCAAAACAAGAUUCAUCGCAGGAGCAGGAGGUAGGUGAGGAAAAAAUGGAGAAGUGAAAUAACGAGAUUGAUGUAAUUGAUUGAGCUGUAGGUUCCAUUUUCGCCCUCAGAAGUAUAUAAACGAAGGCAUGGAUUGAAAACUGGAGGUGGAACACUUUCUUCUUCUUCUUCUUCUGUUAAAGGGUUUGUUUAAUUCUUGUGGUGCCAUUAUUGUUCAUAGUCAGCUGCCUGCGAAAUCUGGUAAGUGUUUUUGUGGUUCUUUUCUGAGAAUAGUGGUGUGACCAUUUUGCCCUUAUUCGAGCAUUGGAUGCUUGUUGAACACUUGAGAUUCAUGAACUGUAAUCGAAUGUGUUUUAGUUUACUA